UAUCUGUCUAACUACAUCUGAGCUGAGAGUCAUGAAUCUCCAAAAUUACCCAACUGCACCUGCCCUGCCUGCACCGUCCACAGUUCAGUACACCACCGUGAAUGUUACUGCUGAGCCCCCCAGGGACCACAUCAUCUGGUCCAUCUGCUCCUUGUUCUACUCAAACCCGUUCUGCCUCGGACUGGCUGCUCUCAUCUUCUCUGUCAAGGCCAGAGACCGGAAGAUGGCUGGAGAUGUGGAAGGUGCUCGGCACUACGGCUCCACUGCUCGCUGCCUCAACAUCAGCGCCAUGAUCGUGACUUCAGUUGUGGUCCUGAUUACCAUCAUUACAGUCGUUGUCAUAUCUGUACAGGAAGCUGCAUAUUAUAAUGGUUACUAUUCAGGCAAUAAUUACAAUCGGUACGGGUAAUUGACACACUUGAGUGCUUCUGUGACUCUGUGAUAAUGUGUUUUCAUGAACCUAUGUUCAUGCUUGCUUACACCCUGAGAUAAAAGCAAAAAAAAAAAAAAAGUCAAAUGGCAAAAUUUAUUAUAAUUUUCAAAGUUUGUAUCAGUAAGUUCUGUA